UUAAGUCUUCAUGAAUGAAGUCAUGUGGGAUAUUUUAUUCAAAAACUGCUACCGCUGUGCAAGGAAGUAGUGAAGUGAAAAAUUUAAAAUUCAGCGAUCUCAACAACAACAAUCACAGCAACCGUUAACACUAACAAGUGCAGAUUCAUUUCGUAUACCACUGCGACGAAAAAACAUGUAUGAGCAGUCCUUAGAUUUGGAAAGUUUCCAGUCAUAUUUACAUCAGCAUACAGAAAAUGAAGCUAAGUUUUAUGAUGACUUCUUUAACAUCGCAGCAACGCAUGACUGGAAAGCGUCAAAGCGACUCCAAGGACUUCCAACACCUCCAAUGACGCCUGAUAAAAGCAGGUUUCAAUUUGAAACAUCGCAAAAUGUGCAACAGCAACAAUAUCAUCAAACUUCAGGAUUACAAGUUGUACCAGAAGGCAAUAAUUGGUUUCAAGAGGAUGAGCGACACCAUGAAGCUUAUCUGUCCGGAUACGAUUUACAAGAUGUCCGCUGCAACAAAACACAGCUGAAUUUGCAGCAGUUUGAAACACCGGAUUGUAUUUUGUCACCGGUUAGUCCUCAACAAGUACAACAACAACAACAGCAACAACACCACCACCUUAAAAGGUCCUAUCCAUUCAACAAUUAUGCUAACACCUAUCAACCAAUGCAAUCGCCCAAUCACAUUAUCAAUUCACCAAACCAUAUGAACGCCCGCCAUUUUUCAAAUGAUUUUAUCAUUAAUAACCCCGCUAUGCGCUCAAGCGAGGAGAAUUAUUAUCGCCAACUGGCGUUCGAAAAAAUUCGAGCGCAACAUAAAGUCGAGGAUCUGGAGGUACCUCAAGAAACUGAAUUAAGUCGCGCGACUCACAACGUGCUCGAGCGACAACGACGAAAUGACCUAAAGUUACGGUUUAACAUUUUAAGAGACAAUAUACCAGAGUUGGCCAAUAACGAUAAAGCGCCAAAAAUUCAAAUUUUGAAGAAAGCGUUGGAACACUUAUCAGAGUUAAAAUCACAAGAACAAAAAAUAUUGGUAGAUUUAGAGUUGGAAAAACAGAAAAAAAUUAUUUUGUUAAACAGGUUAAAAACAUUAAAGCAGUGUUUUUAAGAACAUCCCCUUCUUUUAUUUAUUUUUUACUCGCUUUUUUAUAAGCAACGCUUACAAGACUCGAAUCCUUCAUAAAAUAAAUCAACUCAUGUGAUUAAUUAACUAAAAUAUCAAAGAGAGAUUUGAGCCUCAGCCAAAGUUUUGCGUUGCUUAUAAAAGAAGCGUUUAUUGUAGAUACUUCAAAGUUGGUUUUUUAUGCUUUAUAUUUUUUGUUUCACAGAUUUUGUUCCAUACAUACAUAUUAUAUAUUAUAUAUAAAAAAGCAAAACGGCGUAAGUUUAUUCGCGCGAAGCCUCAUAUUUGCUAUUCUUUUAAUUUUUUGGCAGUUUUUUGUACUAGCGUGUUUUUCUUCUUAUUUUUGUACUUUUUGUUAACAACGUAGUGUAAUUCCACUGAGUCUAACAGAUGGCGAAGUAGUACUGAUCCCGCCCUAUUUUGGAAUAAUGAGAUCAUAAAAUAUUUUUCUCCAUGGAAACAUAUAUAAAUUGACAAUUAAGCAAUAUUCCCACCAGAAAACAAAGGCUUCCGGAUGAGAACUUUUUUUGAAAACAAGAUUUAUACACUAUCGUUGCUUCACAUGUUUUUAGUUUUUUUAUACUUUGUCAUAUUGAAACAUUUUACGAGUUCUUUAUUGUUUAAGAAGACUGGGUCGAGGUUGGCGUCACUUUUGUUUUUUUGCUUGUUUUUUGUAAAAGAUUAUUUUGUUAUUUUGUAUAUGAGAGAUUUAUGUAUUAUUUGUAAAAAUAUUUGAAGAUGAUUUUAAAAUAAAUGUGAAAUAUAAAUCAA